AAGGAAGGUCUGCACAUAGCCACGGGUCACUUAGGAAGGGAAAGGACUCCAUACCCCAACUCGGUUCAGUCCCAAUCUCAACCCUCACUUCAGCCUUGACUCAGUCCGGGGUCCAGCCAGCCCCACCAUGACCAAGGAUUAUCAGGAUCUUCAGCACCUGGACAACGAGGAGAAUGACCAUCAGAUCAGACGAGGGCCGCCUCCUCCCCGGCCACUCUUCCAACGGCUCUGCUCCGGACCCCGCCUCCUCCUGCUCUCCCUGGGCCUCAGCCUCCUGCUGCUGGUGGUUGUCUGUGUGAUCGGAUCCCAGAACUCCACGCUGAAGGAGGAGCUGCGGGCCCUGAGAGAGACGCUCAGCAACUUCACCGUGAGCACAGAGGCCGAGGUCAAGGACCUGCGCAUCCAGGGAGGAGGUGUGGGCAGGAAGAUGAAGUCCUUGGAGUCCCAACUGGAGAAACAGCAGCAGGACCUGAGUCAAGAUCACUCCAGCUUGCUGUUCCACGUGAAGACCUUUGUGUCUGACAUACGAAGCCUGAGCUGUCAGCUGGCCAUCCUCCAGGGCAAUGGCUCUGAGAAGAACUGCUGCCCCAUUAACUGGGUGGAGCAUGAAGGCAGCUGCUAUUGGUUCUCUCGAACGGCGAAGCCCUGGCCCGAGGCUGAGAAGUACUGCCAGCUGGAGAAUGGGCACCUGGUGGUGGUCGGCUCCUCGGAGGAGCAGAAAUUUGUCCAGCACCACAUGGGCCCUGUGAACACCUGGAUGGGCCUCACCGACCAAGACGGGCCCUGGAGAUGGAUAGACGGGUCAGACUACGAGAAGGGCUUUCAGAACUGGAGGCCAGAUCAGCCGGACGACUGGACCGGGCACGGGCUUGGGGGAGGCGAGGACUGUGCCCACCUCACAGACGAUGGCCGCUGGAAUGACGACGUCUGCCGGAGGCCCUACCGCUGGGUCUGUGAGACAGAGCUGGGCAGGCCCACCCAGGAGCCUCCGCUCCCCUAAUUUAUUUCCGCGAUGCCUUCACCUGUGAAGGCUCCUCACGUUGGGAUCCUCCUACCUGGGGCCUCCUGCACAUUCUUGGGGCUUUUCAUCUGGGCUGUAGGGGAGGGGAGAGGAUGGUGGCGAGGAAUGCAGAGGAUGUUCGGAAGGGCGGGGAGAUUGAGAGCUAUGCCACUCUCUACGGUUUGCAGGUUAUUGUCAACUUUUUUUUUUUUUUGAGUAAAAA